AUGAGUGAUAAGAAAAGUGAAGCGUCGCUAAAUCACGAUUUGGAUGUAAUGGAAAAUCCUAAGAAACGCUUUUGCUCAGAGAACACAAAUCGUAGGAGCUGGAGUUUACUCGAGCGCUCAACCGAUCAAGAGGUUUUGCAAGAGAUGGGUGUCAGUAUUUUGGAGUCUGAUGAAGAGGCAUCGUGUGGACCUAGUUCGUCAGGACUUGCCCAAAAAACUACAAAAAACGUUCAAGAUAUUGAAAAUGUAAAUCCAAAUAUAAAUUCAGUGACGUCACCACGCUCUAGAUUCAGUCCUAAAAGUCCUAAGCGAAAAGCUAGUCCUAACGCCGGCCCUUCAAAAGCUAAAACGCCAAAGAGUUCAGAAAAACUGAAACCGCUCCAGGAGUCUGAACAGCAUAUUUUGGAAACCAGUCUAGUUGAUGAUUAUCUGAUAGAAGAAGAGACUCCUCUGGGACAGUCAGUCAGCGCUGGAUACAUGCCCACUGCAGGAGCUACGUACAGCGCCGGUAGUGACAGCAGCGGGGGACGGCAGAGUUGCACGCCUCUUGGCAUGGAAGACGAUCUAAUACUGGAACGCCGUUCCAAAUCAGAGCCUACUGAGACCGAAGGUGAUUCCUUCAGGUUGCUCUCCGAUGAGAUGAUGCUGAGCAUAUUUAAUUGGUUGCCGAAACGGAGCCUUGCACAUUGUAUGGUUGUUUGUAAAAGAUGGUACAGAGUAGCCUGUGAUGAAACACUCUGGGUCCGAAUGGACCUGGGUAACAAAACUAUAGCCAAAGACGCCCUAGGAAGAAUUUUAGACAGAAAGCCUGUCAUAUUGAGAUUGGCUAGCUCCGAAAUAGGCGACUGGACGCCCAGUGGGGAGUUGCCCCCGUCCCGGCUCCAAUUCCUGGACCUGAGCAUGGCUACUAUCUCGACGGCCACUUUAGACACACUGCUACGUUGCUGCCCCAAUCUCAAAAAACUUAGCCUGGAAAGCAUCCACAUAGAGGACAAUACUCUUAGAAUUAUCGGACAAUGCACAAAUUUAGAAACAUUGAACUUAACAAUGGCGUCCGGACUUAAAACUGAGGGAUUUAACUCAUUAUUUGAAGGAUGCACCAACUUAUUAGCUCUGAAUCUUGGUUGGUGUGGUAUUAGCGAGGAAUCUCUGAAUGCCCUUGUUGAGAAAGCCCCGGAGCGUCUCCAGCGACUCAAUCUGGGAGGAGUCAGAACACUCACCGAUAAUUUGCUGAACAGACUGGUAGACCGCUGCCCUCGACUGCUGGAGCUGGAUGUGUCCGACUGCGGCCUGCUGACUAUAAACAGUAUCAGCUCGUUUAUGAAGCUGCAGAGACUAGAGCACCUGGCUGUGAAUCGAUGCUACUCGAUACCCGUAAACUCAUUAACCCGAUUAUCUCGAAUGCCGCAUCUCCAAUAUCUGGACGUUUGGGGAUUGCUACAGAAUCACUGCUUGGCAUCAUUCCGGGCCACCAUGCCGCAUAUCACUGUCAACGCCUUCAUGUUCAGUGCAAUAGCCAGGCCCACUGUUGGGACAAGGAGAACUUCAAUUUGGGGCUUAAGAACAAGAGACUAA